UUGGAAACAUUCCCUGGAGCCCUCACAGUGUGGUGAUACUUGUGUUGCAUGCAAAGGAAUGACCUUUUGCUUUGACAUCUGAGAUCGUCGACUCCAUGAUUAGGUUUUCUCUGCAUGCUCGCUCUCAGACGGACCAAGAUUCGAUCAUAUUUGACAUGUAAUGUACUGGAUUUAAGUGAUUUUUCCAAAGUGUUCAGAUCGAGGUGUUCUUGGACGCAUCAUUUCAACAAGAAAGCUACAAGAAUGUAAGGAUUAUUUAUAAACAGGUAGAAUUUGUCGAGAACGUUUGUGAACGAUUAACAAAUGGGCUGUCCCUUUCAUCGUUGUCAAGGCAACCUACACUGACUGACAGACAAACCACCCGAAGACAGACAGUUGAAGGAUUUGUAAAAGUUUAUGGAAACUUGUUUGGUCAGCUAAUGUUUGUAAUUUAAGGAAAGCCUACUAUUCCACAAAAUAAUACGCUCUGUGUAUAAUGGCGACUUCUACAAGCGUUGCACCUGAGGCAUCUGUCAGAUGUGGAGUGCGGGCAGGGAGAGAGCAUUGGACUAACAUUAAAGCUGGACGUGAAAAGAGAAAUGGACCUGGGAUUCAGCAGUGGUCUGACGGAUCUAAAUAUGAAGGAGAAUUUGUGAAUGAUUUGAAGCACGGCACAGGAGUCUUCACCUGGACAAAUGGAGAGUUUUAUGAUGGCUCAUUCUACAAAGAUUAUCGUCAUGGAAAUGGGACUUAUUCCUGGCCAGCAGGCUUCAAAUUUGUUGGAAAGUUUUAUUUGAACCGGAAGGAGGGCUAUGGCAUUCAGACCUUCCCUGAUGGCACUACCUUUCAGGGGUUGUACCAUGCAGACGAGCGCUUUGGGCCAGGUGUGGUGACAUACCCAGAUGGACAUCAGGACGUGGGCCUAUGGCACCGGGAGAGGCUGCUGAGGCUGUGCACCGCUCUGGAGGGGGGCUUCACUCUCCAGGCCUUCCCAGAACACAUGGCUCAGAUCAACUGCAAGAAGGAGCCUAAGAACCAGUCCCAGAGCUCAGCCAAGGGGCCAGAGACCAAGGCCAAGCCUGGCACCAGGGAGGUUUGCAUGGUCCCACUUCUCUCUCCUUACCAUGAGCUGCUGCAGGACGAACGCUUCAUCCUGCCCCCAGACAUGCACCGCUACUCCACAGACUCGGACCACCUGCCUGUGCCCUGGGGGCUGCGUAAGGAGCUGGACCUGCAAUUCUUCGGCGAGCACUGUGACAACCCAGACACUAACCCUGAUGUCUCAGCAGCUUUACCACUGCAGCAGCGCAUGCAGGCUCACAUCCAUAGACACAGGUUUGAGGUGGAGGCCCUGGACUGGGACGUGGAGGCUGUUCUGUCUGAGAACCGGCAAAGGUUUGGCCCUAAGGGAUCUCUGGAGCUCAACUCAGAGGGCCUCAUCCAGGAGGCCUCGCUGGGUGACCCGCAGAGUGUCUAUCGCAUCCUACGGGAUGGUAAGAUACACCCUGAUGUUGGCGAUGCCCGAGGACACACAGCACUCAUUGCAGCUACGGUCAACUGCCAUAAUGAUGUGAUCCACCUGCUCCUGGACAGCGGAGCAGAUGUGAACAAGCUCAACUGUGAGGGCAUGUCUGCUCUGGCUGUUUGUAAUGUCCUGUACUACCCAAUCCAGUCACUCCAUGAGACAGUUGCAGAGAAGGUCCCACAAAAGACCCACGCAAAAUCACAGGCUGUCAAAGCCCGGUCCCCAUCAGUGAACAGUCCUCAGAGCAGCAUAGUGGAAGCCACCAAAAACAGAGCCCAGACCACCAAACAGGCUGACCAGCCCAAUCAGGCUGACGACACUGCUCCAAAGGGCCACACCAACCAGGCUGAUAAUGAGGCUAUGGACCAUGGCCAGUGUAAUGACAGUCAAGUGUCCCUUUACAAUGGCCAGGGUUAUUGUCAGGAAGAGGCUGAUGAGGAUGAGCAGUACCUCCAGGAAUGCAGUGACCAGGCUGCCCUGGACCUAGACCGCAUGGACAUGAUGGUGGUGAAGGAAAGGCGCUCCAUCCAGGUGCUGGAUGGGAACAUCCCACUGGGCUGUGUCCCCUGGCAUGAGGGUGGUGGCUCUUAUGAUCUGACCCAGCAGCAGGAGGAGGGAGAGGCCGGGUCAGAGGAGGACCGGAGGAGGAGGGAGAGGAGAGGCAGCCUUAUGGCUGACCCAGCGUUUGACUCGACCCGCUCCCUGGCCAGCUUCCACAUCCAUGUCACAGAGGAGGUCAUGCAGAAGACGGCCGAGGCCUUAAGCCGAUCGGGCCUGGUACCACAUGCUGACACCCAGGAGACCGUCCGCAAGAUGGCCCUCAUGAAGACAGAGCACAGGGGAAGGUGGACCACCAUGAAGCUGCUACUGGACAGGGGAGCAGACCCUAACGCCUCCAGUGUGCCCAUGCCUGUCCUCUUCCUGGCCAUCAAGGCGGGCCACAUCCAAGCUGUCAGGCGUCUGCUGGAGUGUGGAGCACGCACUGAUAUGUGCCUGCCAUCAGAACAAAGGGGUUUCUACCCCCUGCACAUCGCUGCAGCUCUCCCCGGGGCAGAGGGCCCCAAAAUCACUGAGCUGCUGCUGCACGCCGUGGCAGACCCAGAUGUCACUGCCCAAGACGCUCACGAGGUGUUUAAGCUGGAUAAGAACCCUGUGGAGCCCCAGGCUGGUUUUGGGAAUAAGUCUUCCACGUCGUCCGGCCCCCCGUCUCAGUUCUACAUGGCCCCCAGUGUUCCCCCAGAAGAGGGGGGCAGGACUCCUCUGCACAUGGCCUGCCAGAGAGACAAGGACUACACUAAUGCUAGGGAGGUUGUGUCACUGCUCCUCUCCCACAAGGCAAGCACCAAUCUCCUGUGGAGUGGCCACUCUCCCCUCUCUCUAGCUAUCGCUAGCGGCAACGACUUGGCUGUUGAUGAGCUGUUGGCUGGGGGUGCUGACCCCAACCUCCCCCUGACCCGCCGGGUGGGCAGUGCCCUCUGUGCCAUGACCAAUAUCAGCUACGACUGUGCGGCUCACCUCCGCAACAGAACCAAGCUGCUGGAGAAACUGAUGAAGGCUGGUGCCAACAUACUGAUGCCAGUGGUGGUUGGUGAGGGCCGCAGGUGUGCUGUGGGCACCGCUGUGGACUACGCCCACUAUGCAUUUCACCAGGACUGGCGCAUCGCCCACACCCCGUACCAUGCCCUGAACCAGAGGGAGAGAGAGGCAUACAAUGCCCGCAGACAGAUCCUCAGCGUGAUGGGAGACCUGCUGCGUCAGGCAGUCAUCAGGAUGGAGAGACAACGUGUAGAGAGGGAGCAGGGCCUGGGCAUCAGCAGUGUUAGUCCCACAGAGAAGUUUGUGUACACUGGAGCAGGAGCCACUCCUCCCUGGAACAAGGCAGCCAGAGCAAUUCUCUCUGAGGAGCAGGACAGCACAGACUCUCUCCCUCAGCAGAUAGAACAGCAGCAGAGGGCAGAGCAUAGACGGGGAAGUAAGGCAGUGAUUGUCAGGAAGCCCCUGUUUAAAUACUGCUACCAGUGUGGCCGUUCUGUGGGUGUGGUCCUGAUCGCCUGCAGCCGCUGUCACGAGGUGUUCUACUGUAGCAAGACGUGCAAGAUGAAGGCCUGGAACGACCGCCACAAGGAUGAGUGUGUCCGUGUACCAGCUAAGCCCAAAGACCCAAACAGCUCUAUGAGGAAGGCCAAAAGCAGCGAGGGCUCUCAGGAUCCAGCCACUCGGAGACGAUAUUUAGGAGCCGGGGCCAAAACCAAGACGGGCCAGCUCAACCUGGCCCAGAAACUCUCAGAGAGCCACUAUGGAAACCUGAAAGAGAACUACAGCUUCAUCUGAUAGCUACACAUAGACUGAUUCUGUUAUAUUAAAGUACUUUGGGAAUGGAAUAUAUUCUCUAGAAAGAUGAAUGGAGGAGUGUGGUGAGUGGUGACUUGGUUUCAUGUGAAACUGUGCCAGAUGACUUGACAGACAUGAUAAUGUGCAGUAAGAUAAAAUGUGUAAUCAUUGGACAGCAUCCCAGUACCUUUGACUCUUGACUCUGUUACCAGAAGAAGCCAUUAGAAAUAACAGUCAGUCUCAGUCGGACAUCUUUAAAAUGUCAUCACGUUUAUAAUAGCUGACAAUUCAUGGGGGAAAACAACGACACAAUGUCGACAUAUUUUCACCUUGGCAUUGUUGCUCAAUCACAAGAACCUCAAAAGGGGAAUUUUGUAUUUAUUUUUCAAAUUGGCACAUUUUACUUAUGCCUCCCACUGUAUUGUAGGACAAUCAAGUGUGUCCACCAAAUACUUUGGGGCCCUUGAUUUUCACAUCCUGACACAUAAAACCACAUUCACACCACACGCACACAUUUUAUGUAAUCAGCCAGCCUGUAUCUGUAUCCAAAUCAAUCAGCACCUCAACAUGGCGCUUCUCUCCCAUUGAUUUUUCCAUAUGAGGAUUCUCUGUGUGUUGAGAGGGCCUGCUCAUUGAUUUGUCAGUGUUCAUUGGGCUUGGGAGUUAAACAGCAGCCCAGUGUUGGGUUUGUUAGCACAAGUAUUUUGAACAAAGUGCUAUAAGAACCUGCAGGUAACGAGGAAUGGGCUUCUUAUUCAGCUUCCCACCUAAAUUUAUUAAGAGCAAAAUAUCUCACCAAAUCUACUGUAAGUGCCAGGGAACCACAUGAAAAGCAGGUGAAGGAGAAGUGUGGAAGUGGGCCUGGAAGUGUUGGAGAGACCAGGGGCAGUGCAAAUUUAGGGGAUGAUGAUCAAGACUGGAAAGCAGCAAUCAUGCUCUGUCUUCUGUUUACGUUUCUUUUAGCUCGGUUUUCAAUGUUUCUCUCCUGGGAAAUCAGAAGCUGUAUUCACACAGUCUUAAAACAUGCAUUCUACAUGCAUCCAUUCAUGCUGCGCCUCUAUAUGCAGGCAGUCAAACAGUCUCACACACAGUUUUACACAAAGUCAAAGACAGGCACUCACACACUUACAUACCGUACACCAGUACAUUGACAUAUACACUGUGUUACAUUAACGGACACUGUGUCACCAGAUCUUCUCCAUUCUAGCAUCCACGUACUGUCUGGAUGUCUCACCCCCAACAAUUUAUAAUUGAAUCACUAUUGGCCAUACAUACACAAUAUGCCACUACAUCAGAUUUAUUCUCUGCUAUGACAGACUGUAACUGUACACACACACAGACACUUUGAAAUGGUCCUCCUGUGUGUGGCGGAGAGAACAUGAGCCAGCUCCAACAACAAUGCACUCACAUCACUGACUGCACCUUCAUUACAAUGUCACUGUACUGCCUGGAACAUUCUAGCAAUGUUCAGAGAACGUGUGACAGUGAUUUAGUCAAAGCAUUCCUCCUCCACAUCCAGCUGUAGUCAACUGUGCAUAUGGCGGGCGGGGAAGGUUCAGACCCCUAAGUUUGGGUUAGUGAUAAUAGAUUACAUUAUAUUACAAGAUAGGAAAUAUGUAUAAAAAGCUGCACCUCUCCUUUUUUUGAUGGUUCGCCAGGAUGUGUUGAGUGAACAAUACUAACCAACGGCUAUGCUUAAAAUUCAUCCUGUGAUCUGUAUGUGUGUUGGGCUUAUUUUGGAGUGUAUAUUCUAUGUGUGUUGCUGGCUAAGUGAGCUGUGCGUCACCUUGACUGCUAACAGAAGAGCUAUAAGCUUUUAGAAGUUUGAAGACCAGAUUGAUCAAAUAAAAUAUCAGACACAGAGAGGCUUCCAGGCCUAGUAUGACGGAAGCGGCUUUCUACAGUCCUUCAAUAGAGAACGGCUAGAUUGUUAUACUAUACCACCUGCUUUCACAGACCUACAGAUCUCCUAUCUUCAGUUAAUCACUUGUAUCACAGAUAAUGUCCCUGUGCAACAGGAUAUGCAAACUUAAAAGUUUUUAAAAGGCUUCUAAAGUUUGUAAUUUCCACUUUAAAAUGUCAGACUUGAUUUGUCCUAACGAACUAAAUGUAUCAACCCCUAC